AUGGAUUCCACCACUCUUCCACUACACUGGUUCCCGCAACUACUGAGCCUGCUGACCCCUUACUCAGCGUUGGCUGUUGUGGUAGUUCUCGUCACAAUCCUGCCGAUGGUCAUGGACCGAGCCACCGCGGAGAUACCCAUACCCAAAAUCACCAGCUCAAGGUCAUGGUUCGCCAGCAGGCAGGACUUCGCCGCCAAUGGCGUUGAAAUCAUUGAGAAGGGCUUCAAGCAGGUGAAGAGUGGUGUAUUCCGGGUGACGGCUCUCAAUGGCUCCGAUUUGGUUCUGAUCGCACCGGAACAUUGGCUCGCGAUCUGCAACAAGAAAGACGAGGAGGUUGCGCCCGCUCGUAAGGAGUUCUUCUUGUGCGACUUACACGGCGCACCAUUCGAGGAGCCCUUCCUCUAUCGCUACCUUGCCUCGCGCAUGCCAGGGUUCGCACCUAAGCGUGUCAUUAUACAACCGCAAAUCCUGCACAUUUACUCGCAUGUUAUAUGGAGGGUCAUUUUAGGUGACAAUUUCAAGCCCGAGGUGGUCGAUAUCUUCGAAACGUACUCUUCAACACUCAUAUCCGUGAUGAAAGCACUGAAGGCCAAACGACCCAUGAUGGCCCGAAUUUCUGCCGCCUUUUCGAAGGACGUUCGUCAAGUCAAUGCGCAGCUUGAACGAGCCUCGGUAUUCUUCGCACCUCUUUUCGAGCAAUGUGUACAGGCGCUAGAGCAAGGCCUUGCGAAGACCUCGAUAGACAAUGAGUGGCUUGAGCAGCUGGUCCGCAUGGCGCCGGCUAAGAGGAGACGCGACUACAAGUACCUCACCAACAUCUUGAUUGGCUUCGCUUUUACGUUCGUCUUCUCUCCUGGAUCGUCGACUACGCAAGUUGUGUACGAGUUCGCAUUCCGCCCCGACUACGUUGACCUCGUGCUCAAGGAGGCAUAUGAUGUACUUGGAGAACGUCCUGAGCAUUGGGGCUUCUCACAAGACAAUCUUCACAGCCUUUCCUUGCUCGAUAGCUUUUGCAAGGAGACCCAUAAACACCAUCCAACGGCAGCCUCCAAUCUGAUGAGAAAGAUCCACAAGACUCAGACACUUCCCAACGGGGUGGUCCUACCAGCAGGCACGAUAUUCGAGGUGGUAAUGACGGCUGCUCACCUAUCUAAUCCUAAACUCGAAGAUCCCUCGAAGUGGAACGGACGCCGGUACCAUGACCUGCGGCAGGAGAUGACAACAUCAAUUGGCGCCAACAAAUAUGAUUGGGGCUCGGCGACAAAGGACGAUAUGAACUUUGGUUAUGCCUCACAUAUGUGCCCUGGUCGUUGGGCCGGGUGCUCCACUGCCAAGAUGUUGCUCAUCAAGCUCUUGGCUUAUUAUCAAAUCAGUCCCGAGGAAGGCGAGACUGAGAAAUAUCGGGACCUUCACUCUGGCCAAUAUGUAUGUGCCUCCCAUUCGACUAUUCUUGAGCCCAAAUAG